AUGUAUAAAUGUCUGUCCACUAUAUAUUAAUGUCUUUUUCUUUUUUCUUUUUUUUCUUUUUUGGGUGAGUUUUUGUCACCCUUUUGAAUUCUAAAGCUUUGUUCUUUCUUCAGCUUUUGUUGAAAGAACUUUGAAGGGUUUGUGCCUUUUUUGUGGGUUGGUCACUGUAGAGAGAGAUAGAGAGAGAUGGAGGGUGGGAAGAGAGGGGAGGAAGCAGGACCAUCGUCAGGAGGGUCUUCAUCAGCUUGUGUUGGUGAUCAAAGACAAGAGAAGCAAAAGGAAAUGGUUGAGAAGCCAAGGGAAGUUCGUGGGGCUGUAGAAGAAGAAGAAGAGGAAGAAGAUCAUGAUGAUGAUGGUGUUGUUGCUGGUUAUGUUCCAGGGCCUUUGGUUUCUCUCAAGGAGCAGAUUGAGAAAGACAAGGAUGAUGACAGCUUAAGAAGGUGGAAAGAGAAGCUGCUUGGUUGCUUGGAAAGUGAUUUAAAUGGCCAAAUGGAACCUGAAGUCAAAUUCCACUCCAUUGGGAUCAUCUCCGAUGACUUUGGGGAGAUUACUACUCCCUUGCCAAUUGAUGACAAUCGAAGUGGUCAUGUCCUGUUCACUCUCAGGGAGGGAUCGCACUAUCGGCUUAAGUUGACAUUCAGUGUUCUGCACAACAUAGUUUCGGGCCUGACCUACACCAACACAGUGUGGAAAGGGGGACGUCAAGUUGAUCAAAGCAAAGGAAUGUUGGGCACCUUCGCUCCUCAACAGGAACCAUAUGUGGAUGCCCUGGAGGAGGAGACGACUCCAUCUGGUGUGCUUGCAAGGGGGACCUACUCGGCAAAGCUUAAGUUUGAAGAUGAUGACAAGAGAAGUUAUUUGGAACUAAACUAUUCCUUCGAGAUCAAAAGAGCAGCUAGAUGAGUUUUGCCGGAACAUGUUUUCUUGUCUUCUGUUUUGUAUCUUUUUUCAUAUUCUUUCUUCCUUUCUUAUCCCUCUUAUGAACUGCAUACAUGUUUGUGACUAUUGAGUAAAUACUGCUUUGUAGCUGUGAUACAAAUUAGGGUUUAAUUCAAUCACUAUUUUGUGACUUUGAAUUGCA